GCCGUGCAGCGGUUGCAGCGAAUUCCAAUGGGCACGGAGAAAGUACUGCCGGGCAACAACGAGGUGCACGCGCGCUUGAACACGCAGGUGCUGCUGCAACUCCAGAAGAACAAGGCGAUCCUUGCCGUGGGAUUCUUCCUCAGCUGCAUGUGGAACCUCGCGGCGCCGAUCAAAGCGUGGGCGCUCUCCCGGUAUGGAUUCGCGUCCACGUCCGACACGCUCGUGCUGGAGCUCGAUUGGAACACGGUCGUAAACGGCCGGUUCCUCACGUCUCUGUACACGUCGUCGGGGAUUCCUCUGGCGUCGCCGAUGGAGAAGACGCGCUACAUCAACGUGUUUCUAGACUUUAUGGUGGCCCCCCGCUCCGAGUUGCGCUGGGUCACUUCGCUACUCGACACGAACCGCACCUUCCAGAUGGAUGUGGACGGCGUCGCCAAGCGUCUCGGUCUCAACGGCAGCCGCGAAGUCGACCAAUUCAAUGUCGAUGUCGCUCCGUUUGCGGCGACGGGGUUUCCGCUCUGGGGCAACGAAGUCAUUUUCGACUAUGUUCCGCCGACGACGCAGGACGUGGGGCUGCACCAAGUCAGCGAAGCUCUGUUGUGUUUGAAAGGCCUCACCCCCGAAGAGCUCGUGAACCUUCAGUUUCCAAGCAACUUGCGGCCUUAUUCCAGUGCAUCGGACGCGGCGGCGAUCAACAUGUGGCGCAGCAAGGUCUUCCCCGAUUUACGCGCGUGCAUGGACCGGCGGGCCGCGCUUCUGGCAUCCGCGACAACGCCCGCCGACGGGCUACUGGCGCUGGCCACCGAGCUCGCAUCGACAUACGACCUCGGGCUUGUCAACGUUGCGGGGCACCACCAGCUGUACACGCCGCAGACGUUCUGGGAUGGGUUUGUCGACAUUUCAGGCUACCGAUCCGGUUCGGUCACGUACCAAAUCAGUGGUCGAGACCCGUCGACCGUUCUCACGACAGGCAGCGGGCACUUGGAUGCGAUCUUGAACCCGCGCGAGACUGCGUGGUACUGCACGUUGCAGUACGUCAACCCGAUCUCGGGGUUGCCGAACGCGACCGAGUGUUUUGCCAAGGUAGCGACAACGUUGCCAGCCUUUUUCAACGGCAAGUACCUCUCGGUGCUGGCGGGUACCCGCUACAACGACAACAAUGCAUUCGAGAGGGGCCCUUCAAACCAACGCAUCACGCCGUACACGUACAAGCGCCGGAAGAUCGCACCACUCCACUCGAUCUCGUAUGUGAACGUCGGCAACCUCUCGGCGUGGCAGACGCUCUUUCAAACCAUCGUCGCCAACGUCACGCAGACACCUCGGACAACCUCCAAUGCGCUCGAGGAAAUGUGUUUGGUGGGCGACGGGUGCUUCUCGACGUGCAUGAACUCGUCGGCAAGUGGCGGCACGACCGUGACCUACAUGCGGGGGGCGUCUGCCAAGCGUCGGUCGACACAACCGCGCACGGCCUCGCUGACGUGUUUGUGGAUGUCCGCUGCUUUGGCGCAGGCACUUCGCACCUCCAAGUGA